UCGUAGUACUUGCUUAAGUUCAGCUUAUGUAGGUGACUAUAAAUCAACAUUAGAUAAAAACAACCAAGGUCAUUUUAUAUGCACAAGGAUAAGCUUUAUCAAAAGUUUGUCUGUUUUAGUGAAGUUUAUCUAACAUUGCUGUGAUUAAACAUUCGAUAGAUGUCCAUGGCUAAAGUAUUUGAGAAAAUGAAAAUCUAUAUUACAAUUUUAUUGCUAUGUUUUAUAAAAUAUUCGACAAUGAUGGAAGAGGUCAUUGUUGAAACAAAUAUUGGGACUAUAAAGGGUGAAGCAAGGACAAUCGAGCCGUUUGGAGCUCCUAUUCGAGUACGGCAAUUUCUUGGAGUGCUUAUUGCCGAGCCACCUGUAGGUGCUCUCCGUUUUGAGAAGCCUAAAAUGAAACAGAGAAUGGAUGGCGUGUAUGAUGCUACAAGAUAUAGACCCUCUUGUUUGCAACUGCAUAUGGAUCUUUUAGGGGAGCGGAAACCAGCAGCUGAAACUGGUUUACCGGAGUUUUCAAAUGACUGCCUCGUGUUAAAUAUUUUCACUCCUGAUAAUCGAGAAGAUAAUGAUAAGUUACCUGUAAUGAUUCUCUUCCAUGGUGGAGGUUUUGUUAUAGGGACAUCAUCAAUAUACCCUGGACAUAUAACUAGUGGCUAUGGGAACGUUAUAGUGGUGAACAUUAACUACAGGUUAGGGUUGUUUGGAUUUUUGAGUACUGGUGAUUCAAAUUUACCCGGGAAUUACGGUCUCUGGGACCAACAUAUGGCUAUUCGUUGGGUACACGAAAAUAUUGCAGCGUUCGGUGGAGACCCUGAUAAAAUGACAUUAUUUGGAGGUUCGGCAGGCGGGGCCAGUGUGAUAUUUCAAGCAAUGUACCCAGGAAAUAAAGGACUGAUUAAGAGAAUUAUCCCUCAGAGUGGAAGCAUAACGUGCCCAUGGGCUUAUCAGCGAGAUUCAUUACACAAUGCUAAACGCAUUGCUAAUCUAGUCGGAUGUCCAACUGAUGUAGAUACUUCACAACUUGCAACUUGUCUCAGAAAUAUCCCCGAUGAAAAGUUUAUGAAAGCGUAUAAUAAUCCAUUGAAUGGAUUCAGAAAGUUUCCUUUAGAGUUUGUUGUUUCUGUUGACGAAGAAUUCGUUCCAUUAACUACUUGGGAAAUGCUUCAUAGCGAUUCAGAUAUAGCAAAAGACAGGCGAGAUUUAUUCCGCAGUUUCGAUGUAAUGGCGGGCCUUGUAGACGACGAAGGUUUCAUGAUGAUUACUCCAUUUGUAGGUGUUGAUAACACAGAUACAUUUACAGUUGAUAGAUACCAAUUGGAAAACAAAUAUAUACCAGAUAUCGUGCGUAUAAUGUUUGGUGAAAAUAUUCCAGAUAACAUAAAUUCUCUCGUUGCUUUUGAAUACACGGACUGGAAAAAUCCUGCUGAUGAAGAGCGUUCUUAUGAAUCUUUUAUGCGGCUAAGUUCCGAUUACGUUUUUAACAGCCACGUCAUUGACACAACGAAGAUACAUGCUGAAAAUAAUCAUGGCAAAAAAACGUUUUUGUUCCUUUUAAAUGCUUUCUCAUCCCAACAUAUUCUGUGGGUACCACCCACGUGGAGAGGUGGGUCGGUACAUGGUGACGAGUGGGCGUUUAUUUUAGGGUAUGACUCAGAGACCGGAUAUACAAGCGCAACAGCUCCAUAUGGUGUUGAACCACAGAAAUGGGAAAUUGAAAUGUCAAAAGAAGUAAUCAAAAUGUGGACAAAUUUCGCAAAAAGCGGUGACCCAAACAAGCCGGAGCGCAUUAACACGGAAUGGCCUGAAUACAAGUUAGAGAGUCAACUAUAUCUUAACAUUAGUAGGGACAUGUCGGUUGGGCAGCGGUUAUUUGAGAGGGGCUAUCACUUUUGGACAAAUAUAUUACCUAAACUUGUAAAAAUGACAAAACCAGAAAUGUCCAAAAAGGAAAACUACUGCGAUAAAGAAGAAUCCGGUUGUAGACCGUAGAAAAAACAAGUGCUUGUUUCACCUCGCCUAUGCAAAAUAUCAAAUAUAUAUUCUUCAGCGUAUAUUUUCAUAUAAAUUAUGACCAUUUAGUGUGUGAAUUUAAUUCUGAAAUCAGAAUGUAAUGAAUGUAGUCAAAUACUUUCAAAACGCACAUUUUUAUAUUCAUAUUUAUUUUCUUGUUGUAUUUUUCUUUCAUUUAUAUCACAGGUGCUUGAAACAAACUUUUAUAUGUUCUACUAUUAUAAGAUAUCUCUAAAUAAAUACAAUUUACAACGGUUGAGCGAAAGUGAA